CAAAACCAGUUGUCAUUUAUUUGUUUUAAAACAUAAGUUUAACCUUCUUGUUGCCUUCGAUGUGCACCCCUCCUGUCGGUAGUGGUAGCGUCACUACCACACAUCUGUUGGCUCUCAUUGUGAGGGGGUUGUAAUGGAUUAGCUAGCCGUUUUCCAAGAGUUAUAAUGGCAUUAGUGGUAGUCCCGCAGCCUGCGCGUGUGUUGUUUAAAGUUCAAACGUCAUAGCAAAACGAUGUAGAAACAUUUUGUUUGAUCGAUGACGCCUUACUAAUGUGAGACAUAUAGGCAACACCAUUGAAAAAUGUCCCAGGGAUGUACAAUAUCCGUGGAAGAGAUCCAGUCCUGGUGGGAAGUCCCCGCCAUAGCGCACUUCUGUUCGCUUUUCAGGACUGCGUUUAACUUGCCAGACUUCGAAAUAGAGGAGUUGGAGCAAGCGGUGCUGAAGCAGGACCAAGACUUCCUGGCCGAUCUGAUCUGCUGUCUGCUGCAAGGAUGCUACCAGCGCAAAGACAUCACGCCCAAGGGCUACAGCAGCUACCUGGAGGACAUCAUCAGCUACCGCUGGGAGAUGGAGGAAGGGAAGCCCAACCCGCUGCGCGACGGGCCCUUCCAGCAGCUGACGCCCCGCACACAGGUGGAGCUGCUGCACAGGCUCUGCGACUACCGCAUGGACGCCGCAGACGUCUUCGAGCUCCUCAAGGGUCUGGAUGCAGACAGCCUGCGCGUGGAGCCUCUGGGCGAGGAUGGUGAUGGGGCCCAGUACUGGUACUUCUAUGGAACUCGCAUGUACAAGGAGGAGCCGGUCAACGUCAAAAAGGAAGAGGCUAGUGAAACUGCCCCACCUAAAGAGCCAGAGAAAAGGAAAAGAGGAAGACCACCAAAGAAGAAGAAGCUGGAGGAGGAGGAGAAACCUCCAAGAGCACCAGAUGCUAUGGUGGUAGAUGGAAGUGAGAAUCUUCAACCUGAGCCAGGCCGUGGUUCAGGGCGUGAGCGGGGAGCUUGGUCUCUGGUGUGUGACACAGAGGAGGAGUGGGUCAAACUUGCUGAGAGCAUCAAGGACAGGCCAUCACCCCAGGACCGCCACCUGCACCGCAUCAUCACCCAGAACUUCCUCCCGGAGAUCGCCAGUAUGAUCGAACACAGGGAGAAGGAACAGAAACAGAAGAUAAUGGGCAGCUACCACAAACACGCAGAGAUAAAUGGCAACUUAGAGGAGGAGGUGGUAAGGAGCAAGACGGAGGUGAAGCAGCAGAGGGAGGAGGAGGAGGAGACGCGACAGCUGCUGAUGGAGCAGCUGAUGCAGGAGCAGAGGCAGCAGGAGGAGAUGGAGAGGGAGCGCGCUGUGGAGGACCGCGCCCGGCGCCGGAAGUUGCGUGAGGAGAAGGCAUGGCUGCUGUCCCAGGGCAAAGCCCUGCCCCCAGAGCUGCUCAACCUGGAGCCCAACUCACCUGUACACCACACCCACAGAGCUAAAGACUUUUACGAGUUCGAUGAUGAGUACAUGGCAUUAUAUAAAGUCUUGGAGGUGCUGAAAGCCCAUAAAGAUGCAUGGCCGUUUCUUGAACCUGUGGACGAGUCCUAUGCGCCUAACUACAACGAAAUUAUCCAGACACCGAUGGACCUUUCAACAAUCGAAAGGAAGUUGAAUGAGGGUGGAUAUGUUGUCAGAGAUGAUUUUGUGAAAGACGUGAAGCUCAUCUUUGAAAACUGCCUUGAGUACAACGGAGAUGACAGUGAGUAUACAAUCAUGGCGGAGUCUCUUGAGCGCUGUUUCACGCGGGCCCUUCAGAAGCACUGCCCCUCGGAGGAGUGUGACACGGAUGAGGAGUUUCACGUCAACAGCGAUGACAAGGAACGCAAGGACAAGAAGAAGAGCAGCAAGUCCUCCUCCCAGCGGCAAAGCCAAGGGCCUGAGAGCCUCAUCCGUGCCACCGAGCAGGCCACCCAGCAGAAAAAGAAAUCCUCCAACACCCCCAGCGGCAAGAACGCAGGGAGCGAGACCAAAAGCAAAACAGCCGGUCACCCGCCACGCUGGGAAACGACUCCACCCAACGCCCUGCCUGCCGGCAUGAGGCCGCAUGAACACAUGAGGCCCGGCAUGUAUCCAGGAGCUAAGCCGCACCCGUAUCCUGGUGGCCCCCCCGGCCCUCAUAUGCUGCCGCAGCAGAUGAUGGCCAUGGGGGAGAACCAGAUGAUGCCCAUGGGCCAGGACCCCCGCGCCCACGCCAUGCCACCUAGCUACAAUAUGCAGGGUCCCUACGGAGGCCCUGAGGGUCACUAUCCAGGUCCAGGCAGGAUGGUGGCUGAGAACAGACCUUUUCCACCACACCACCAGAGGCCGCACCCGUACAUGGGCCCCAUGCACGGCCCUUCGCUGGGCCCCCGGCCGAUGGCCCUGCAGUCGGGGGGCUUGUGCACACCUCCGACGGAGGACGGCAUCUAUCCAACCCACCAGUUCCCAGACGGAGGGCAGAUGUUCUACCGCGGCACCGGCAGAUUCCCCGGACCAGAUGUCCCCUCUCAGAACAGCUCUUGCAAUCCUGGACAGCCCCCUCAUAACAUGUGGCCGGGGAUGAACAGUCACGGCCCACCAGGGGGACCCAUGAUGAUGGACAGAAAUAGGAACCCCAGGCAUCCGUUUAACAUGGGCCCGGUUCCCAGGUUACCCAUGAAGUCUUGGCCAGAGCAGCCAAUGGACUGCGCUCCUCCACAAGGCGAUCCUACCAAAAUGGCGCCCGGCGGGGGUCCCCUUAAUCAUCCCGCCUCUCAACGGCCCAUGAAGGGGGCCCCCCAGAAUUCAAGGCCCAUCUUGGCGUCCAUGUUGGAGAGCCCGGAGAUGUUGGCACUGCAGCAGCUGUCAGCCUCGUCUCAAGCCCCCAUGAGCCGACCAAUGAGCACAAUGCAAGGGAUGCCUCCAAGGGCCAGUGGUCCAAUGAGCGCAUUGCAGGGACCACCUCCUCAAGGCAGUGGUCCAAUGAACGCAUUGCAGGGACCACCUCCUCAAGGCAGUGGUCCAAUGAACGCAUUGCAGAGACCACCUCCUCAAGGCAGUGGUCCAAUGAACGCACUGCAAGGGCCUCCUCCUCGGGGUAAUGGUCCUAUGAACGCACUGCAAGGGCCGCCUCUGGGAAAUGGUCCAAUCACCACAUUUCAUGCUCCACCUCCUCAGGGCAGUGGCCCAAUCAGCACACUGCACGGGCUUCUGGCUCAGGGCAGCAGGCCAAUGUUCACCGCAAAUAAUGUUCCACAAGGAGUCGCUCCACCAUGUCCUGCCUUAGACAGCCAAAGCAUGGAAACAGAUUCGACACCAUCAAAGAUUCCCAGCAUCCCACCUGCCAGACCUCCAACCAAUCAGGAGUCUGGAGCUACUCCGGGUUCCGUGGAGAGUCCUAGCUCUCAGAGGUCAGUAGACACAGAAUCUGCAGUGAGACCUGACAAGGAAAACUCUGUACCAGAUAAAGGGAAUCCUGAGACUGAGAAGAAUGAUCAGGAAAGAAACAAGAGUGUCCAGAAAAAGAAUGACCAACUUUCUCAGGCGCCAGCUGAACCUGGUAAAAUCUCCCAAAGUCCCCCACAAGAGAACUCCCAGACUGUACCUCAAAACUCAAGUGCACAGUUGCCGUCAAACGGCACUCAGAGCGCCCCUCUGGCCACAGCGCAGCUAAGAUCACUUGGUGUUCCUUCUCAGGCACUCCAGAACAUUUCGUCAUACCCGCCACCAAGCAUCCCUCACCCACACGCUUCUCAUGUUCCCCCAUUUCCUCCUCAGGAAGUCCCCAAAGUUACUCCACAAAUGGUGCCACCUCAGUUUGUGCCUCAGAGUCCUCCUUUCGAGAACUUUCAGAAAGAAGCACCCCAGUAUCCCCAUGGCAGACCCCCUGAAACUACCACAGACACGUCUACAGAAAACGGCCAGAGUGGCACACAGCAGCAAACACAAGACAGACCAGGCGGCGAUGCCACGUCUGAGCAGCCGAAGAUGACACAGCUUGCUUCUUCUUCUUCUGACAAGUCCACCUCUGCUCCACCAAUGCCUACCACUACAGACCCAGGUACCAACAGUGAACUCCAAAAGCAUGGUCCCCCUAGUGGACAUUUGGAAUCUCAUGACAGCACUAACUCAAACUCGGCCACACCUGCUCUUCCUGAUGGGCAUCUUGGUAAAGGCUCUGCUCCAAAACCGCAAGGAGAUGGUCCUCUGCCUGGUGGUGUUUCACAGGUUCCUGGUGACCCAGCUAACACCCAGGUUGGGCCUCUUCCUCCUCAUGCCCAGAUUGGGCCACAUCCUCCUCCUCCUCCUCCUCCUCCUGUUCCCCAAUCACUUCAACGCGGUCAAGAGAGCGAAGGCUCAACAUCAGUCACCCACCAGUACCACCUCAUCGGUGGUGGUGGUGGAGGAGGAGGAAGAGCCCCGCCGUUUAUGCAGCACAUGGGCAAGCCGGUGCAGUCUGCUCCAAAUGGUCACCAGCAGCAGCAUCCAGGUCCAAACAUGAUGCCUCAAAAUAUGAACAUGCAGCCCAGUGGUCCUCCUCACCACUACGCCCAGUACCAGCGUCCUCCUCACGGCAUGUAUCCGUCCCAGAUGGCCGGUAAACCGCCACCACAGGGGGGCGGCAACCCCAACAUGUUCAUACCAUAUCAUUAUCAGCAGCAGCAGCAGCAGCAGCAUUACUAUGCUGCACAGCAACAUCAGCAUCAGCAGCAGCAACAGCAUCAGCAGCAGAGCAACAGAGGUGGCUUCAUGCCCGAGGAGUGGCGCAGACCUCACCACCACUACCCUGGUGCACCACCCGCUGGCGCUCCAUACCCGCCCUUAGCCAAUCCUCCUGGCAUCAACGGACGUUUCAAAGACGGCCACGUGCCCGUGGGGCCCAUGAGCUCAGACGACGCUGCUGCCGCCACCGGCAACAUGGUUCCCCAACAACAAAACCAGAACCAGAAUCUUCCCAGUAGAACACAGCAGGCUGAGGGUUCUUUGGAGAGCAGCAAGAAGCGCCCAGUCAAGCCUGCUGAACUGGACGAGGGCUUAGAUCGUCCUGAGAGCCCGAAAGAGAUUUUAGAUUUGGAUAGCCACAGACUUGCGUCGUCAAAGCGUGCUCCAGCCCCAGCUCCUGCUCCUGCUCCUUACCCCCAAACAUCUCACCCCCCACAGCAUCAUCAUCACCCGGGCAACUUCAUGUACGACACUCAGAAGGCGCUCGGUAGAAUGCCACAAGGUGCCGGCCCCUACCCACCACACAUGAUGGGCAGAGGCCCAUUUCCGCCCCACCAUCCUCAGAACAACUACCCUCCCAGGGAAGGGCCGUACUCGGCCCAGCAGCAGCAGCCCAACCGCUACCUUCUGGAGGCCUUCCAUAGGCCACAGCAGCAGCUUCCGUUUGGCCUCAGCCAAUCACACGUCUCCAUGCCUCCUCGGCCAGGUCAGCCCCCCCACCAAUCAGCUCUGCAUUUCCAAGGACCAGUGCCCACGCAGAGGGGUCUGCCUCCUCCUGAGCACUACUUUGGGCCUCGGUGAGGGAUCUUAGUUGGGACUUCUUGAUGUUGACUGUCUUGAUUGUUUGGUGAGUGAACAGUAAUUGAAUGGAUUUGUUAGCUACAUCCAUCUUCUAAAUUCGUGUUGAAGAAAACCAGUCAGGCAUGUGUUUUUUUGUCAUCAGUGUCCCAACACGGUUCUGUUUUGUGAUUCAAUGGUAAAGGGACAAAUUGGCCAAAAUGGUGUAUGUUCCAAACGGAAUGUUUCAAAUCGAAAAAGGGUAGAUGUGACUUCACAAGUAAUAAAACGCACCAGGCCUGAAUUAGCUGGCUGUGGGAAGCUUCAAAAAACUUACAAAGGGCCUUUUUAGGCAGCGACAGAGCAGAACAUCUAAAACUAUCGGUUUAAGUUACUUUUUACUGGAAACACUAUUUUGUGUGCUAACACUGAAUACAUCUGGAAAAUUACCCACAUGUUAAACUCAGGUUCACCAACUCAUGAGAACUUAAGAGUGUUUGUUAAACGUGCAUCCAAUCACUUAUUCUCAGUCCUGUGACUGCACAGGGCUUGUAGUUGCCUUUUGUAUGAAUGUAUUCUUGUGUGACACCAUAUGACGCAUACCACUAGGGGCUUUUGUGAAGGAAGGAUGAAAUGGAACGUGUAAUCGAAAGAAAGGUAAAUUGUUUUUUUUUUUUGGUUACUUUGUUGCCUUCAUUUGGAUAUUUUUUGAUUGGAUUUGGAUUUUUAUUAUUAUAAUUUUUUUUUUUUUAUAUACAAUUUCAUACAUUUUAUAAAUACGUAUUUUAGCCUUUAAAUAAUACAUUAAGAAGGCAGUGAUCCUUACUUGUACAAAACUACUUUCCCAAUCCAUUUUCAUAAGGAAGAGGUGGACUUAUGUCGUCAAACUGUAUGUCUUGUAAUAUUUUGUCUUUGUAAGCAUGUUCACAGUGGUCUGACAGGUUGAAAAACUGUCUGCUGUAUAUAUUCUGGACGGCGAUUCAUAAGGGCAUUUCAGCAAAUGUGAAUAGUAUGUUAGGGGAAACUGUAGAGAAACGACUAGAGAAACCGCAGCGUCUGCUCAAUUGUUCAAAUGAGUGUUUCCCCCACCCACCCUCUCCCUCUUCUUCCAUCCUCUCAACUCUUUGUGCCGAUAUCCUCAGGGUGUAGUUUUGAAUACGGGUAUUUCUCCUUUUUUUAACACCACUGACAAAUGGCUCAAACUGUGACUUACUAUGGUAACCUCACCUUGUGAAACACAGAACACACUCUUGUUCAAUUCUGGUGUCUAUGGAAUUGACAUCGUUCUCUCUACAGAAGCAGAAUCAUGCCCCCACACUGUGGUAACCUUGUAAACCUUAGAAUGUUUGGAUCGGUUUUGUUUGUCAUUAUUUUUUGGUUAGUCAGCAUGUGUGCAUAUUAGAAACUGUUGGACUUGACCUGUGAUGCUUCGUUCUUUUGUCUGUUUUGCACCCAUUUUGCACCACUAAACGCCCCAUGCAGGCAGCAUGAGGGGCAGAAUGAGCCUCCACAGUUAAACCAAUCUACCUCACACACUUACACUACAUACUUUUUUCCACCAUGGCAGACAGAUUGCUCUCCGAUCUGAACUGAUGCCAGCUACGAGUGAUAUUGUCGCUGUGAUACAACCAUUAGCUCGGUGGUUUGUCAUUACAAUACCAAUGCCUACAUAUUGACUUGAGUGAUUUUAUUGCCAGUUGUUAAUGGAAACUUUUUUUCCGUUUUAAUCUUGACAUGAGUAGCAUCAAGAAAGAACGGCAUGCGUAUGGUGGUUUUUCAAAUAUAAGAGUGAAAGAUGGUGUCUGAACUCCCUCGUUUGACAGGAAUGUGGGAUUCAUUUUGAUGACCCUCCCUAAAUUGGCUAAUCUUCUGUUGCGCUCUAGAAUACGAGACAGAUCAGCUGUUUAGUGUAGUGGACUACUCUACUCUUGGUCACAGUUUUGAAACUGUAGUUUACUUUAUAGCAAGCACACGCAUUACUGCGUAUUGGUUUUGAAGUCAGGAACGGUUGUAGACAUUGCAAAUGUAACCAACUUUUACUUUAGGUACAACUUGCUUGAGAAUACUGUGUGCACCACUGCUGUUAUGACUGUUACCAUUUGUGUUUUGCCGGUAUGCUAGUUUCUUUGUACAGUGUUUUUUUGUUUGUUGGUUUGUUUGUUUUUAGUCCUUUAUCAGGUAACAAUUUAGUAUAAGUCUCUUAAAUAUCUUUAUAAAUACUUUGUAAAUAAUAAACUAAUUAUCAACAAAGAUUUGCAAAUGUUUGUAAAUGAGUAAGAAAUACUAUGUUGACACAACACAGCUGCAGCAGUUCUGGAAGAUUGUCCUCCAAAGAGCUAAAGAGAUAAAACCACGGGGUAUGAUGUGUAUUUGCCUGCUAGACACAUCUAAACUCAUCAGUUAGGCACCGCUUCUCACUCCACUGUGCAGCCAUAGGGAGGUUCUUACUCAUUUACAAACAUUUGUGAAUGUUUUCUUCAUAAUUAGUUAAUUAAUUAAUGUCAAUAAAGUGUUAAUGGUAUUUCAAGAGACUGUUAUUCUAAAGUGUUACCGUCUAUUACACUAGAAAAGCUCUAGUGUGCGAGAGAGCAUAACAGUCCAAUUUCUCUACUGCACUAGUUAAAAAUAGAUUUUAAUUUUAAACAUAUUUAUUUACUCUUUGUACAUUUGGAUUUUAUAAAGUAUCAGGUUCUACCUGUUACUAUCCACUUCUACUUUUGUAGCGCAGCGACGAGGUGCAUCUGCGAAGGGCUGGUAUUUCUUUUUAUUUUACUGUGAAGUUUACAAGUACCUAGUUUAUUGUCAGAUUCUUUUGUAAAUGAAAGUAUUUUUGUAAUGUAGCUCUGUACUUUUCGUAGAAUAAAUAACCUUGCAUUAAUUGA